ACCAUCAGCGUGAUCAUUGACGUUGAUGUGCAUGCUUCCGUCAUUGUGUCGGCCCUCAUUGCCACUCUGUACACCCUGGUGGGUGGUCUCUACUCUGUGGCCUACACAGACGUUGUUCAGCUCUUUUGCAUUUUUGUAGGACUGUGGAUCAGUGUCCCCUUUGCCCUGUUACAUCCUGCCGUCUCUGACAUUGGAUUCACUGCUGUACACACCAAAUACCAGGAGCCCUGGCUGGGGACCAUUGAGUCCUAUGAAAUCUACACGUGGCUUGAUAGUUUCCUGUUGUUGAUGCUGGGUGGAAUCCCGUGGCAGGCAUACUUCCAGAGAGUCCUCUCCUCGUCCUCAGCCACCUACGCUCAAGUGCUGUCCUUCUUGGCGGCUUUUGGGUGCCUGGUGAUGGCUCUGCCAUCCAUCCUCAUUGGGGCCAUUGGAGCAUCAACAGACUGGAACCAGACUGCAUAUGGGCUUCCAGAUCCCAAGACGAAAGAGGAAGCGGACAUGAUUUUACCGAUUGUUUUGCAGUAUCUCUGCCCUGUGUACAUUUCUUUCUUUGGCCUUGGUGCUGUGUCUGCUGCUGUCAUGUCUUCAGCUGAUUCUUCCAUCUUGUCAGCAAGUUCAAUGUUUGCUCGGAACAUCUACCAGCUUUCCUUCAGACAAAAUGCAUCGGACAGGGAAAUUGUUUGGGUCAUGCGAAUCACGGUGUUUGUGUUUGGAGCAUCUGCAACAGCCAUGGCCCUGCUGACCAAGACCGUGUACGGGCUCUGGUACCUGAGCUCUGACCUUGUCUACAUCAUCAUCUUCCCACAGCUGCUCUGUGUGCUCUUUGUCAAGGGCACCAACACCUACGGGGCCGCGGCAGGCUACGUCUCUGGGCUCUUCCUGAGAAUCACUGGAGGGGAGCCGUACCUGUACCUGCAGCCCUUGAUCUUCUACCCUGGUUAUUACUCUGAUAAGAACGGUAUCUAUAACCAGAGAUUCCCAUUUAAGACUCUGGCCAUGGUCACCUCAUUCCUAGUUAACAUCGGUGUCUCUUAUCUGACCAAAUACCUAUUUGAAAGGGGAACCUUGCCGCCCAAAUUAGAUGUAUUUGAUGCUGUUGUUGCAAGGCACAGUGAAGAAAACAUGGAUAAGACAAUUCUGGUCAAAAAUGAAAAUAUUAAAUUGAAUGAACUUGCGCCUGUGAAGCCUCGACAGAGCGUGACUCUCAGCUCCACUUUCACCAAUAAAGAGGCCCUUCUAGACAUCGACUCCAGUCCAGAAGGCUCUGGGACUGAAGAUAAUCUACAGUGACACCAUCUAAAUAAAAUACUGCUUUUGCAAACAGAGCACUCUAGUAGGAUAGUCCUGGAAAGAUGGUUCAUGGCACAUAUAACACAUAUUAAAAUUAUAAACCACGUUCA